UGAGGCGUAACGUUUUGAAAGGUUGUACUCCGUAGGCACCCGCCAGAGAGAGCGGGGAUGAGUUAAGGAGGUGUAAAAGAACAAAAUAAGGCUUCGGAAGUGGAAAAUUAAACAAGUAAGUAGUUUUGUUGUGGAAAAAAAACAGUGGAGGAGUUAAGCUGCACUGUGACCAGCAAGGAACCAUUCAACUCCGACCUCCGAUGCAAAGUUUUGGUCAAGGUUGAGCUUCACUUGUACAACUACAAUGAGGUGCUAUCUCUGGUGUGUUGGAGCCUGGAUUCUCUCGUCACCAACAGCCUAGACCUGUCCUUGUGGAAUAAUCCAUACAAAAUAAUCCAGUAGACACAAUUCAUCAGUCAGGGCUUCAUGGCAUAAAGCCUGUCCUCAGAUUUAGCUGGUCCUCGGGGAUUGCUGCCGAGCUGCUCACCUAGUCUGACGCACUGCUGCCAUUUUCCACAGCCUGAGGGGAACCAGGAAGCAGCCGGCAGGAGACAUGCCUGCCCUGGCUACUGGAGCCGGCCACGAGCCAGGCCUGUAUGAGCUGCUGGCGGCCCUGCCAUCCCAGCUGCAGCCUCAUGUCAGCCGCCCUGAGGACAACACCUUCCUUCAGGACAUGUUUGGAGAGAGAAGCCUCCACUCGCUUGUUAAGAUCCAUGAGCGGCUGCAGCACUAUGAAGAAAGCAAACCCAUCCCUGUUCUGGACAGUGCAGCAGCUCUGGCCCGUGAAUUGUCUGAGGAGCUGGAAGGAAAAUCAGCCAAUGGAGAAAUCAAAGAGCUUCUUAAACUACUGGAAAAACCCCAUGUGAAGAGCCUUCUGUCCGUCCAUGACACAGUUGCCCAGAAGAGUUAUGACCCGGAACUACCUCCGCUGCCUGAAGACAUCGAUGAUGAUGAGGAUUCCGUGAAAAUUAUAAGACUGGUCAAAAACAAGGAGCCUCUCGGAGCAACAAUAAGACGUGAUGAACACACAGGAGCCAUCCUCGUGGCAAGGAUCAUGAGAGGAGGGGCAGCUGAUAGAAGUGGGCUGAUUCAUGUUGGGGAUGAACUGAAGGAGGUCAAUGGAAUCCCUGUGGAUGACAAGAAACCAGAGGAAAUCAUUCGUAUUCUGGCCCAGUCGCAAGGAGCCAUUACUUUUAAAGUUGUCCCUGGUGUCAAGGAAGACGCGCCAACCAAGGAGCCAAAGGUGUUUGUGAAGGCACUCUUUGACUACGACCCUAAAAACGACAAAGCCAUCCCAUGUAAAGAGGCUGGAUUGGCCUUCAAGAAGGGCUCCAUCCUUCAGAUCAUGAGCCAAGAUGAUGCAACCUGGUGGCAGGCAAAACAUGAGGGUGACGCCAAUCCCCGUGCCGGCCUAAUACCGUCCAAACAGUUCCAGGAGCGGAGAUUCGCACUGCGACGACCCGUUGCUACCCUCCCAUUCCAGCGGACCUCUAGCAGACGAUCAUUCACAGUGGAUGCACCACAGACAUGUACCACAGACUGUGUCUCACUAGAUGAUGUGGCUGUAGAGUUUGCUGAGGAGAUCGAAGAGGACGCAGACUAUAGUAGCGGAUUUCACCUAGCUGGGUUCAGGAGAAGCUUCCGUCUCAGCAGGAGAGACAAGAAGACCAACAAGUCCAUGUACGAGUGUAAGAAGAGUGAAAUGUACGACAUGGCUGAUGUUCCUACAUAUGAGGAGGUCACUGCAUACCGCAGGCAAAGUGGAGCCAAACACAGGCUGGUGGUCCUCGUAGGACCCACAGGUGUCGGCAUGAAUGAACUCAAGAGGAAACUGUUGAUCUCUGACCCUCAGCAUUUCAGUGUGACCAUCCCACACACCAGUCGGGCCAAAAGGAACCAGGAGAGUGACGGCGUUGAGUACCACUUCAUCUCCAAACAUCUUUUUGAGACCGACAUACACAACAACAAGUUCAUUGAGUAUGGGGAGUACAAAGGGAAUUACUACGGGACAAGUCUGGACUCAAUACGCUCCGUCCUCAGCAAGAACAAAGUGUGCCUAUUGGAUGUCCAGCCUCAUACAAUAAAACACCUGAGGACAGCAGAGUUUAAACCCUUCAUUGUGUUCGUGAAGCCUCCGUCAAUCGAGAGACUGAGGGAAACCAGGAAGAAUGCCAAAAUCAUAUCAGGCAAAGAUGACAAGGGAACUGCCAAACCUUUCAUGGAGGAGGACUUUCAGGAGAUGCUGUGCACCGCCCAGACCAUGGAGACUCAAUACGGUCAUCUAUUUGAGAAGGUUAUAGUCAACGAUGACCUCUCGGCCGCCUUCAGCGAGCUGCGGUUGGCACUAAAGAAGGUGGAGAUGGAGACUCACUGGGUUCCAGUCAGCUGGACUCACUCCUGAGAUACCACACUGACUGUAAAAGGAGAAAAGGGAAGGGCUUCAACAGAAAUAUGCAGGUUUUUCAUCUUUUUUAUAUCUGCUGCGGCUGGUGUUUGGGGGAUAACGGGAAUAAAACAAGACAGCGCCAGACUGCUGUGUCGCCAUACCUGAGCUGCACCCAGCUAAAAAAUAAGCAUUUGCCUGGGAUCAGGUUGGAUUUAGACCACAGCCGUGGUCUGGAUGUGGAUCUCCAGGUCUGACCAGAUCUGACGGGGUUGCGGCUGAGGGCUCCUGUCCAGAAUCUGGGCCUUGGACAUUGAUCUGGGUCUCAGUCUGGGUCACACAACUGUGGCCACAAGUUGGAGCUCCUUGGUCCAAACCAGAAUGUGGAACGAGCUCGGACCAUCACAGCACCAGCAGUCCUGCCAGCACAUCAGUAAUCUGGCCAGCCAGGACUCCUUCUUUAGUGUGUUUAUAACAUUAGACCAUUAGAAACCAAAGGGAUUGACACAUUUCUUCUUUGUAGACAACUUACAUGCAUAUGUCUGUAAAAGAACACAUCGUCUGAGGGGAAAACGAGGAGAAAAGAAAAUAUACUUGCCUUCUGUCUUUCUAUAUUUCUGGGCUUCUACAAUGCUUCCAUGACUGUUACUCCAAACAAAACACUGUCAGGUACACAGAAAGGGCAAUAAGUGUAAUUUUAUUUAAAAGAAAUUAAUAUAUUUUCUAAUAUCUUCCAGUAGUUUUUGGAAUACUUUUUAUACACAGUUCUAGACUUUAAGAGCAACCUGAUCUCAACUGUAGCCACCUCUGUGACAGAAUUUUACACUGGAGGCAUCUCUUCUUUCAGUCAAGUGUUUUGAUUUCAUCUCCCCGGUCUAGUUUUCCCUCUACAAAGCGCAUACAGAGCUACUUUAUUUUAUUUAGGUGUUGUAUAUUCCAUUCGGCAGUGUUUUAAAAAGCCACCCUUUAUGUGACGGUGCCCAGCAUAACAGCUUUGCCAUUGAAAGUCCCAGAACUGGACACUCUUGGCUGUCUGCUAGAAGAAAAUGUUCACAAUUGUGUUUUAUUAGGGUGGAGUCUUUAUUUUUAUUCACAUAAAAAAUGGCUUCAGCAAGGCUGCUAAUAGUGGCUCCAUAGCACACUUCCAGGAUUUUAACUUAAGUAGCCGCUCCUGACUUUAUGAGCAUUAGGAGUUUAUUGCUAAUUUGAGUCACCCAUUCCCAGUCUUACUCAUUUUUUACUCAGUCCUUUUCUUUCUAAGCUUUUUAUCAUAGAUAUGCUUAACUUUAACUUCUGCAACACUGAUUUCAAAAGCAGCUAGUCCUCAAAUCUUUUUCUGUUAGUAACAUUGUUACAACCCUUGUAGAUUGAGGGACUGCUUUCUUGCUGAUGCUGAGAAGAAUGAGGUUUGAAGAUCACUUUCAUGUCUAUAGGUACAAACCUAGAGUCAUGAGGCAGAAGUUCUAAUCUUGCACAGAGAUUUGAAACAAGGGAGAACAGCUGACCUGGCUCUGUUUUAGCACUACUGGAAGUUGUGGUUUCAUGAACUCCUUCCUGCUUGUGAACAGGAACAAUAAAUUAAUUUGUAAGCUUUUUAACUUCAAACAAGCCAUUCUACAUCCUUCCCACUGACUAUAUACAAUGACGUCACCCACAUUUUUUUCUGCUCCGACCAUCACCAUCUUCAACUGCAAAAUGUGUAAUAGCUACGGUGGCCACAGCUCAAGAAGUGUCAAAGUAAAGGCAGUAAAUUGUGAGAUGCGUACAUUUUUUGCUUUAUGUUUUUUACUAGACUGCAUCUAUUUCAUGUGAGAGCAAAGAAAAAGUCCACAUCAGAAUGAAAGAAUAUCUUCUAAAAAUCCCAAACAUUUUAGAGCGUUUUUUGUAAAAAUGAUACAUUUUGCACUGUGGACCAACACAAAUAUUAGAUCAGACACUGCCCUGAACUGCCUCUGCAGUGCUUUGACAAGUUUUUUCUCCUUGCCUUCAGUCUGCUAAGCUAGGUUAAUUGCCCUUGUGCUCUAGGUACAUAUUUAACAUACAGACCUGAAAGUGGCAUCAAUCUUUUCGCCUACACUACCGUUCAGAAGUUUGGGGUCACCCAGACAAUUUCAUGUUUUACAUGAAAACUCACACUUUCAUUCAUGUGCUAAAAUAACUGCACGGGUUUUCUAAUCAUCAAUGAGACUUUCAACACCAUCAGCUAACACAAUGUAGCAUUAGAACACAGGAGUGAUGGUUGCUGGAAAUGUUCCUCUGUACCCCUAUGGAGAUAUUCCAUUAAAAAUCAGCUGUUUCCAGCUAGAAUAGUCAUUUACCACAUUAACAAUGUCUACACUGGAUUUCUGAUUAAUUUAAUGUUUUCUUCAUUGGAAAAAAAAUGCUUUUCUUUCAAAAAUAAGGACAUUUCUAAGUGACCCCAAACCUUUGAACGGCAGUGUAAAUCUCAGUAAGAAAGCAAAUAAACAUAUUACCCAGAAUGUGUAAAUUAUUCCCAUACUUUUUUAAACUUAGAAAAAAGGCCACCCAUACUUUGGGAAUCCCCUCAUUUAAUGUUCAAAGUCCAGCUCAGGUGCCCAAAUUCUCUUUAUGUGCAUUUAUUUGACCAUUUCUCCCUACUGUUAUUUUUGCAUACUUGAUUUCUGUCCAUCUUUUUAAAAGGGUCAUUUGAGUGUUGAUUCUGUUCAUUAAGAUAACAGAAGUUAACACAGUUUAAAGGGACUUUAAUAACUCUCAUCUCUUUACUUGCCCCUAGUUUUUUAUUUGUCUUUGUGUAAGAUUAUGUCCCUUUUUUUAUUUUAUUUGUCACAUCUGCCACCUCUUUUAUUGAUCAGAAUCAGAUUUGUACAGUCUCCAGAAAUAUAUUUUACAUUUCUUGCUGUAAAUGAUAUGCUGUUUAUGAGGCGAGUUGUAUGAAUUUACAUUAUUCUUGAUAACUGCUAUGUUUUAUAUUAAAGAAAAUUCAACUAAA